UGUCAACGGUUGUACGCGCGUGUUGUAAUUUCGAACUGUAGCAGGCACAACUGAAGGAAUUCGGAAUAUUACAACUACAAAAGAAAAUUUCUUUUUUUACAAAGAAGAAAAGGGAGCAUUGCUCGGGACAAACAGAUUUUAAAAAUUUGUGUGUAAGCAAAUCUGUGGAAAUAGUGAAUUUUCUAAAAAAAAAAUCCAUAAAUAUAUUUGGAAAUAAGCAAAUCAAAUAGAUCUAAAACGAAAAAUGCAGAUUAUGUAGCAGUGAAUGAAAGUUAUAUAAAAAUAAUCUAAAAGUGUAUAUCUAGGAUUUGUAAUUUCCCCCCCGCACCAACAGGACCUCCACAACCACCACCACCACCACCACCGCAGGAAAAAUAACAACGAAGUAUCAUCUAAAAAACCAGCUGUCUAUCGUUGGUCAGGUCAGUCAGUCAUCGUUCAUUUAACAAAGAUUUUAAUAGAAUCCAAUAAACAAACAAGUCCAAAGCUUUUGGAUUAGCAAACGAAGCAACACAAAACACAAGAGAAACAUUCCAAAGAGGAGAUCCAUUCCCUAAAAGAGCUGAGUAGAGACACUGCUGCUACAACGACGACAACAAAUACAAGCGAAACGGAGACUAGUAACAUUUGUGGCAAGUUGUUCUCACCCCGACAUCAUAGACAUCAUUCAGCGUUGAUUCAGUUUACAAAAUGCCAUUAAUCAGCUUAGCUCGUUCGCGUGCGACAUCACCGUCGUCAUCAUCCUCUUCAUCAACAACGACGAUGACAACAAAAUUUCUCACAACCAACACCAUUGUUCUCGUAUUGUUGUUGACAUCAUUCACCCUCCUGAGCUGGCAACCGGCAGCAGCUCAGGGCAAUCAGACGCCACAGCAAGUUUGUCCCGAGCACAAUGAAAUUGCUCCUUGUGUCUGUAGCGUGAAGAAGAAUGGCCUGGACAUCCUGUGUGAAACCACCGACCUGUCUCACAUCACCAAAUCGAUGAGUACUCUGAAGGGCAAAAGUCCCAUCAUCUUCUAUUUGAAAUUGCGCCACAACAAUUUGCCAAAACUUCAGGGUUUCCUGUUUCUGGCAUUGGACAUUCGUCAUUUGACUAUUCACAACAGCAGUUUGGCAGCCAUCGAGGAGAAUUCUCUCAGCUCUUUGGGUAAGGGUCUCACUCAACUGGAUGUUUCUCUCAAUCAAAUGAAAACGGUGCCCUCGACGGCCUUGAAACAUCUUUAUCAUCUUUUAAUUUUGAAUUUGAAUCACAACAAAAUUACGGUGAUUCAUAACAAUGCAUUUGAGGGUUUGGAUACAUUGGAAAUUCUGACAUUGUAUGAGAACAAGAUCAACAAUGUGGAACCAGAAGCUUUCCGGGGCUUGGAAAAGAAACUCAAACGUUUAAAUUUGGGUGGCAAUGAAUUGACCAUGGUGCCACAACAGGCACUUUCAAUUCUAGACAACCUUAAGAAAUUGGAAAUUCAAGAAAAUAAAAUCAAAAUCAUACGGGAAGGCGAUUUCGCCGGUCUUGAAAGUUUGGACUCCUUGAUUUUGGCCCACAACAUGAUUACUUCGGUACCAGCCAAUGUUUUCUCUCAUCUCGGUUUGUUAAAUUCUUUGGAAUUGGAAGGCAAUAAAAUUUCCAGCAUUGACAAGGAUGCCUUUAAGGGAUUGGAAGAAAAUCUUCAAUAUCUCCGUUUGGGUGAUAACAAUUUGCAAGCCAUACCCAGUGAGGCAUUGAGGCCGUUGCAUCGUCUACGCCAUUUGGAUUUGAGAAAUAAUAAUAUUAGCGUUAUAAGUGAUGAUGCCUUCACUGGUUAUGGCGAUUCCCUGACCUUUUUAAAUCUGCAAAAGAAUGAUAUCAAGGUAUUACCUAGCAUGAUAUUUGAAAAUUUAAAUUCUCUGGAAACAUUAAAUAUUCAAAAUAAUAAAUUGACUCGCUUACCGCAAGACAUCAUGGAGCACAUCAUCGACACGCUGCGAAUAAUCGAUAUAACAGAUAAUCCUUUGGUGUGCUCGUGCGAGUUGACCUGGUUCCCCAAGCUCCUGCAGGAUCUCAAGAACAAAGACGAUGAAAUGGCUCAGAAAAAGAAACCCAUCUGUCAUAUGCCCGUGGAGAAUCGGGAUUAUUUCGUACAGUCGAUGCCGCUGGAGAAAAUGCACUGUGCCGGUCUGUCGUCCAGUGAAGCAAGUGAUUUACUGGACACAAAUGGUGUGUUGUUAUGGCGUUUACUGCCAGUAAAUAUGCUUGUGACGUUUUUGUGUACUUUUUAAAGGAAUCAUGUGGUGGAAGUGGUAAACAAACGCACGCUACAAUAUAUAACUAUACCAACUACUACUACUACGACUAUCGACACUCUCUUAUUUUGUACAACAACAA